GGCGGCGCAGGAGGGGGCGGGUUCGGCGAGGGCGCGGCCUCUCGGAGGGGGGAGUACGACGCGCAUCCCCCGCGCCCGCCCGGGCCCCUCGGGAGCUUCGCGGCAGCCCGGUGCCCCACUUGGCAAUCCGCUCCGUGCUUCUUCCUCGCGCCCGCCUCCUCUAGUCACCUCCCGUCUCAGCCUCCCUGCUCCAUCCCCGCCGCAUCAACCGCCAGCCGAGCGCCUCCGCGAGCGAGAGGUGGUGCGCGGGGCUGCAGGGCGCGCCCUCCAGCGGACCCCGGCCCGGCAUUGGGGGGCACGGGCAGCAGCAUGGACACCAAGCGCUGCUUCGCCAACCGCUUCGAUGACUACCAGGGCAGUCUGCUGGCGGGCCAGUGCGAGGAGGCGGUGGCGCCCUUGGUCACCGCCACCAUCGAGCGCAUCCUUCAGGAGCUGCCCCCGCUCGGGGACGGUGCUGAGGCCCGGGGGGCGGCGGCCGCGGCCAGCAGCUGCCAAGGCGGGCUGUACGGCGGCGUGGCCGGGGUGGCCUACAUGCUCUACCACGUCUCGCAGAGCCCGCUCUUUGCCGGGGCCCGGGAGCGCUACCUGCGCUCGGCCAAGCGCCUCAUUGACGCGUGCGCCCGCGCCGAGGAGUGGGGCGAGCCGGACGCCGACACCCGCGCUGCCUUCUUGCUCGGGGGAGCGGGCGUGUACGCGGUGGCCACGCUCGUGUACCACGCCCUGGGCCGGUCCGACUACGUGCAGCCGCUCGGCAAGUUCCGGGCUCUGUGCGCCGUCUGCGCGCCGGUCUCCUUCCUGGAGUGCGGCUCGGACGAGCUGUUCGUGGGCCGCGCGGGCUACCUGUGCGCCGCGCUGGUGCUCAAGCAGAAACUCGCCCAGGAGGUACUGACCCCAGCGCAGAUCAAAUCAAUUUGCCAGGCGAUUCUGGACUCUGGGAAGCAGUAUGCCAUGAAAAAAAGGAAACCAUUCCCCCUGAUGUAUUCUUACUAUGGGACUGAAUACUUGGGAGCAGCUCAUGGCCUGUCGUCCAUUCUCCAGAUGCUUCUGUCUUACCACGAGCACCUCAAGCCCUCAGAUCAGGAGCUGGUAUGGCAGAGUGUGGACUUCCUCAUGGAGCAGGAACAGAACUGCAACUGGCCACCCGAGCUCGGCGAGGCCAUCGAGAGAGAGAACGAGCUGGUGCACUGGUGCCAUGGCGCCCCAGGAAUUGCCUAUCUGUUUGCCAAAGCUUAUCUGGUUUCCAAAAAACCACAGUACCUGGACACGUGUAUCCGGUGUGGGGAACUUACGUGGCAGAAGGGCCUGCUAAAGAAGGGGCCGGGGAUUUGCCAUGGUGUCGCCGGCAGUGCUUAUGUCUUCCUGCUGCUCUACCGCCUCACUGGAAACUCGAAAUACAUCUACCGAGCCCAAAGGUUUGCUGAGUUUUUAUUUACGGAGGAAUUCAAGGCCGGCUCUCGGGUCCUUGAAAGUAUAUACAGCUUGUAUGAAGGCUUCUCUGGGACGGUGUGCUUUCUGAUCGAUCUGCUGCAACCCAAUCAGGCCGAGUUCCCUCUCUUCAGCGUCUUUGUCUAGAAGGCUCCAUCUUCCACUGUGGCCCUGCAGAAGGUCCCUGAGAUUUCCCGAGCCUACCCGAGGCAGUUUCCACAUAAGCCACAUUCAAUGGUUAUCACAACCAUGAGCCUUAACAUUGCCGCCAGAAGGAAGGAUGGGAGAAGGCAGGUGAAGGCAACAUAAUACCAGACUUGACGGAGAACAGCUUGAGAACCUGCAGAAUUAAGACCCCACAACUCUUCUAAAAACCACAGAGACUUAAAAUUUCAGGGAAUAGAUGUGAAACCAGAGAUCAGAGGAAAAAGGGAAAGAGAAAUGAUCCAUUUUUCAGUUAUGGCAUAGAAAACAAAACUGAAAUGUGGACUAUGUAGAUAAAAUGCCAGUACCUUUGCAACUGGAAAGAGAAUUUGGCCAUUUGUGGGUGCCCUCCACCCCUAAAUUCAGAAAUAAACACAAUCAAAAACUAAAGUAAUUGCCCAGCUGAAAAUUGCUAGGAGGAAUGAAAUGUCAGGUUGCUGAAGGACAAAAAAAGGAAACUUGGUUGUCUUAGGCCUUUACUUAUUGAAAUUUAUGGUUUUUACUGAAUGGAUAAAUUUGCAUAUGAAUCUCUAUUGUUAAUCAUUAAUCUGGGCACUUUAAAAGGAAACAUAUCAUA